AUGAGAGUAUUUUACUUGAUCGCCUGCGUGCUUUGCGCAUUGGGCUCGAAACCUUUGCCGACGGAUAGUGCAAAAAUCUUGGCCACUUUUCCUUUUCCUGGUCGUUCUCAGUACAUUUUUCUGGAGACCUAUCUAAGGGAACUGGCCGCCAGAGGGCACCAAGUGACAGUGAUCAAUACGUUCAGGAAUGCGGAAACACCGAAUAUGACAUUUAUAGAGGCCUAUAAAGCGCACGAUCACCGUGAAGAAAUGAUGGAACUGCUGAAUGAGAGCUUUCUGUGGCAAGUACUCAACGCUUGGGAUAAAAUUGUGGUAAAAUUCACGGAGAUAAUGUUGGAUAACGAGGGUGUCCGAAAGCUGCUGGAAUCUGGAGAAACCUUCGAUCUGGUUUUGGUCGAGAUGGAGCAAAUAGAAGCCUUAUAUGGGCUGGCCCAGCAUUUCAAUGCCACCUUGGCUGGUUUCCUCAGUUUCGGAACGGAUCACCGGGUCGAUGAGGCCUUUGGUAAUAUUUCACCCAUCUCAUAUAGCCCUUUAGUUGCCUCUUCGCGCACCGAUCGAAUGUCCUUCUGGGAGCGCUUGUUAAAUCACUAUGAAUACUUGGUGGAAAAGAUACAUCGCCAUCUGGUUCACCUGCCUGCCAUGCAGAAAAUGUAUGACAGGUACUUUCCCAAUGCCAAGCAAACCUUCGUCGAGGUUCUAAACAUUUUCGCGAUGGUUCUGAUAGGCCAGCACUUCUCGCUGAGUAAUCCGCGACCCUAUUUGCCCACCAUGAUAGAAGUGGGUGGACUGCACAUUAACCGUGAGCCAAAAGUCCUGCCCAAGGAUAUCAAGGAGUUCAUUGAGGGUUCGCCCCAGGGAGUUAUAUACUUCUCCAUGGGAUCAAAUGUAAAGUACGCAGAUCUGACACAGGAAACACAGCGAACCCUGCUGGAAACCUUUGGAAAGCUAAAACAGCGAGUGCUGUGGAAAUUCGACAACGACGAGUGGCCGGAAAAGCCUGGAAAUGUGAUGAUCAGAAAGUGGUUCCCGCAGGCAGAUGUCCUAGCCCAUCCGAAUGUCAAGAUCUUCAUCACCCACGGCGGACAACUGAGCACCUUUGAAAGUGUGUAUUUCGGCAAACCCAUCUUGGGAUUGCCUUGCUACUUCGAUCAGCACAUGAAUGUGCUACGGGCCACGAGAAUGGGCUUCGGUUUGUCGUUGGAUGUGAAAAAUCUAAAGCAAAAAGAUCUGCAACACGCCAUUCAAACUCUGCUAAGCGACCCAAGUUUUGCCAAGGCCUCGCAGGAAAUUUCCGCGCGGUAUCACGAUCAACCGCAGUCACCUCUCGAACGGGCUAUCUGGUGGACGGAAUAUGUAAUCAGGCACAAGGACGCUUCACACCUUCGAGCUGCCUCCAGAGAUCUCACCUUCAUUCAACUCCACAGCCUGGACACCUUGGCUGUGCUUUUGGGACUUCCCCUUUUGGUUGCGGUGAUUAUCCUUAAAUUAUGUCGAAAGACUCUGUGGAAACAUAGUGCGCAAGCUAAAAAGCUAAAGGAAAGGUAA